CGAGGACGUGGGGUUCUCGUCUUUCGAUGAGUGGGUAGGAAAAGUGAAGUCAACGAGGCAAUUUAGCUAUAAAUGAAAGUGGAAGAGAAUGAGAAGGAGCAAAGAUAGGAAGAAAAUGUUAAGAAUGGGUUGGGUGCUGGUGAUGGGCAUGACGAUAAUUAGCUUGGCAAAGGGGCAAACUGUGCCACUCUGCGCUCGGCAGCUAUCUCCAUGCAUUGAUUUCAUGAACUCCACUAAGCCACCCGACACAUGCUGCAAUCCAGCGAAAGACGUAUACGCGAGCCACAAAACAUGUUUCUGCCAACUUGCAUUAACUCCUGGUAUACUUGAAGGUUUAGGUACCACUACCGAUCAGGCUGUCCAACUUCUCCACUUAUGCGGUCUCAACUUCACAGUCACCUCCUGCAAAGCCUCUUCUUCGGCUCCGCCUCCAUCGUGGGUGCAGCCCCCAGCAAUGCCAGGAGCUGAUGAAGGAGGGGCAGGCAAAGCUACAUUUAACGGACUCUCCUUCGCAUUGUUCUUAUGUGCUUGCGUGCUGUUUAAUUUGGAAGGUGGACCUUACCUUUAGAAAACCCCACUAUAUUGGAGUUGAUAAUAUUUCUCCAUUAGUGAGUGUUUGGGUCUAUAAAAGAAAUAUGACUAGAGCAUUCAAGAAUAAAAAAAUUGUCCUUAUUUUACGGAUUUUAAUGUUUUAAUGAUUAUUUUUUUAGUUUUCACUUUUUAGUAUUAUAUUUUUUGGAUAUAAAUUUUUUUUAUAUAUUUUUUAUUUGUGUGUAAGUGUGUAACUAUUAUAAGUACGAAAUAUUUUGGCCUCGUGUUUUUGAAAAA